AAGAAGCAAGCUUGAGGGAGGGAGGGAAAGGAGUGUGCCCGGGAACACGUGAUGGCUAGGUCUGGUGGUGCUGGGUCAUGGCGUGGCUCACAUGGCAGCGGUGCAUGUCUGCUUGUUAUGUCACUACAUGCCGCCUUUUUUUUCUUGCCUUAGGGGGUGUGAUAGCUUACAUCAGCUCUUCAAGCUCGGCAUCUAGCCCAGCCUCAUGUCACAGCGAGAGCUCAGACAGCGGUUUCCAGUCGUCCUCUUCGCCUGUACCAUCUUCUCCAAACAGCUCCUCCUCGGAGAGCGGCUGAGCGGCCGAGGCAGCGAGGGCUCUGAUGGGGCACCAAAGAGCGAUCGGCUCGAGGAGACUAUUAAAACAAACCAGUCGAGUGUUGCUGGCUUGACAAAAGGCCAUAAUGGAGUCACAAAAUUUAAUGGCAUGGUUCUUCUUUGCAAAGUCUGUGGAGACGUCGCUUCAGGAUUUCAUUAUGGUGUUCAUGCCUGUGAGGGCUGCAAGGGUUUUUUCAGAAGAAGCAUUCAGCAAAACAUCCAGUAUAAGAAGUGCUUGAAGAAUAACAACUGCUCUAUAAUGAGAAUGAAUAGGAACAGAUGCCAGCAGUGUCGUUUCAAAAAAUGCCUGUCUGUUGGGAUGUCAAGAGAUGCUGUUCGAUUUGGCCGUAUUCCCAAACGUGAAAAACAGAGGAUGCUGAUUGAAAUGCAGAGUGCCAUGAAAACCAUGAUGAACAGCCAGUUCAGCGGUCACUUACCCAGCGAAGCAUUAACAGAACAUCAAGAUCAAGCACCUCAAGAAGACCUUUCCUCCAAGCCCAAGCAAGAGCGGGAAACCAUCAAAAGCCCUUCUCCCCCUCCUAGCGCUGACAUGGCGAAGGAAGAAGUGAUCGGUAUGGUCACUAGGGCCCACAAAGACACUUUCAUGUACAACCAAGAACAGUCCCAAAACCCAGCAGAGAUGAUGCAGCCCCAAAGCGGGGAGAGAGUGUCAAAGAAUGCUGAGCAGUACGUCUUGAGCAGCAAGCACUGUGUUAGCGGGCUUGGGGGCCCUCAGUACCCUGAAAGUGAGCAGCACCUUGGUGGACAGUACAAAGGGAGAAGCGCAAUGCAUUAUCCAAGCGGGCACACCAUGUGUUUCCCAAAUGGCCACUGCAUGAACUUCACCAGUGGUUACACUCAGCGACUGUGUGAUAGGAUCCCAGAAGAUGGCUUUUCUCCAAACAAGAAUACCACUUACUCUUGCAGCACUGGAGGAAGAAUGCAUCUGGUCUGCCCAAUGAGUAAGACUCCCCACGUGGACCCAAACAAGUCUGGCCAUGAAGUCUGGGAAGAGUUUUCCCUGAGUUUUACCCCUGCGGUGAAGGAAGUGGUGGAGUUUGCCAAGCGCAUCCCAGGUUUCCGAGAUCUCUCCCAACAUGACCAGGUUAAUCUUCUGAAGGCUGGGACCUUUGAGGUUUUAAUGGUACGGUUCGCUUCUUUGUUUGAUGCAAAGGAACGUACCGUCACCUUCCUGAGUGGAAAGAAGUACAGUGUGGAUGACCUGCAUUCAAUGGGAGCUGGUGAUCUGCUCAACUCUAUGUUUGAAUUUAGCGAGAAACUAAAUGCCCUGCAACUUAGUGAUGAGGAAAUGAGUUUGUUCACAGCGGUUGUCCUGGUAUCUGCUGAUCGUUCCGGAAUAGAAAAUGUCAAUUCUGUGGAGGCGCUUCAGGAAACACUAAUCCGUGCAUUAAGGACCUUAAUAAUGAAAAAUCAUCCAAAUGAAGCCUCUAUUUUCACAAAACUUCUUUUGAAAUUACCCGACUUGCGUUCCUUAAACAACAUGCACUCUGAAGAACUCUUGGCCUUUAAAGUUCACCCAUAGGCCUUUAGGUCUCAUUUGUACUUGGACUUGCCUCGUGUUAAACUGUUUUGUGCUAAAAUAUGUAUUUAUACAGUUGUACCACUUGUUGGAAGAGAGAGAGUUCACAGACUCUGAACAAUUGAUAGCUGUCCCUUAACCAUGCAAUAACGCUUCAGCAGGUGCUUUCAGCUAGCGGUGGCGCAGCAUUCAGGCUCCUCCAAGACAUCCAGACCCAGCUGUGCUGCGCUUCUGCAGAAGAGGUUGUGAUAAGCCCCAGUAAAUAUGGACUGUUCUUUCCUUUAGAAAAAAGAACCACCACUGCCCUCUCAUGUAAACUGAACACAGAAUAGCUGUGUAUGUGCAUACGGAGCAUGGAAUGGGGUGGGAACAAUCCUGCGCUAGUAGGAACAUGGAAGAGCUGAUUUAAUUGGUCUUUCACUUAUCUGAUAGGUGUAUGUCUGUGUCUUUUGAUAACUCACUCAUGGUUUCCACUGUUGUUAUUCCAUUAAACCCGGUGGAAUGAUUUCAGCCUGCACCAACUCUUCACUGAGCAUGUGUUCAUGCCAUGUGUAUAUAAUAUAAAUAGUUAAGUAAUGAGUGUUUAUGGCUAUAAAGUACAGAGUUGUGUGUAUAUAUGUGUAUGUAUAUAAAUAGUUCUAUACAUAAAGUAUACAUAUAAUUUCUUCACAAUAUUUUAAACUGUGAAGGAAUUGAAACUUACAACAGAAGGUGAUCUAUGGAAAGAACCAAAUAGAUGCACUUUGCAUAUUGCUGAACUAAUUAUCUGAGCAUUUUUUAGAAAACAUCCAAUUUGCAUUAAUAUGCUGUGUUUG